AUAAUGCAGGAACCGUAACAAGCAGCACUAGGGACGCAACUGGAAAAUGCUAUGCCUUCUAAGUUACUAUGCACACUUUGAGCGACUAGACCCAACCUCAUGAUAGGAUACAUUUUGCCUUGUAGCAUUACCAUUAUUUAGCUAAUGGUGAAAACAUGGUUUACCCCUGGUAUUUCGCGGACUCGUCAACCUCCGUUGCCUCUCUCCUUGGCAUUGGGAGGAAGAAGCGGGAAGAUGGGGUUCAGACCCGGUGGUUCCGUCUUGCGGAUGCGACUGAAGUUUAUACGACUCUCGGAAGCGUAGCCAACGGAGAAGCUCUGCUUCCUGUGGCCGCAUACCCUGCGACACCCUUGCGGCACUAUGUCAUGUUGGGUCCGGAUGGCAAUGCCCCCGCGCCAAUGGCCUUCCCAACCGCACCUCCCAGCCAGCCCGGGCUAGCAACGGUGCUACCAACCGCCAUCACUCCCGCAACCCCAGCGCAACCCACACCCCCCAGCGCCCUUCCCCAGCCCCAACAUUAUCAUGUUGGCCCGGCAGCGGCAGCAGCAGGAACUUUCCAGGCACCAGCGGCAGCGGCAGCUGGAGUCACGUUUACCGCGGUGGCAGCCCAACCAGCAACCGCGAGCAGUGUAGGGGCGGCAUGGGGCGGCAGCGCACAGGGCGCAGUAAGGACAGCAGCACCAGCAGCAGCGCCACCGCAGUUGAUGCCCUCUGGAGCAGCCGCCCGGCCUGCAGCUACUCAUCUCGCCUCCCAGAGCUACUAUGCACCUGCUGCUGCGAUGCCGGCAGCACCACCAACACCAACACCAGCAGCAGGAGUAGGGGCGACAUGGGCUGGGGGACCAGCAGCAGCAGCAGCAGCGGCAGCAGGACCUUGGGCACCGCCGCAGCAGCAGCUGGUGCCGUCCGGGGGUCUUCUGCCCCAGGCAGCCCACCUGGCGUCCGAGAGCUACUCCGUUCCCAUACCACCACCACCACAACCACCACAACCACCACAACCGCCACCACAACCAGCAGCAGCAGCAGGAGCUGCAUUCCACUCGACGCCCCAGGCAGCCCACCCGACGAUGACAAGGGCGGUGCAGUGGGUCAGCAACCGGCAGCCCACCACGACACCAGCAGCAGGGGGCAGGGCGGCGCCGCGGACGCUCAGUUGGGCAGUGUCGAUGUACGGCAGUGUCGUACCUCCCGCUGCUGCUGACGUGGCGGAUGUACGGGCGAUCCAGCAGUGGCUGCUGAUGCUGCCGGACCACUCCAGGCUGGCUCUGGCGAAAGCGUGGUACCACUCCGCAAACCGAGCAGCCUUUGCUGCACUCGUGCGGGGGCCCCCGCAACCGCAACCGCAAUCGCAACCGCAAUCGCAAUCGCAAUCGCAACCACCAUCCGCGGAGCCCGUCUGGCAGUACACAAACCAACUGUACGGCACAGACCUGCCGUACGAUCAGAUGCCGUACGACAGCGGUGCCGGUGGCGACGCGGACCCAAAUGCAGGCCAGGAGGACGAGAAGAUUCGUUAUUAUGCAGUUGCGGCGGGGGCGGCGGGAGCCGCCGCUGCAGCGGCAGCGGCAGCAGCCGCGCCUGCGUAUGCCAGCAUGGCCGACGGUGGCUUCAGCGGCGGCGGUGCAACAGCAGCAUGGGAGCAGCCUGCCUCCGCCGCCGCCGGGUUGUACGGUGGCGUGCAAAAACGUGGGGAGCAGUACGGCAGCAGAAGCUGGGGAGGCGCCUACGUCAGCAACAGCCUGCCGGGUCCGGAAGACUACCUGGCCCAGACCACCUCGCCGGAUCAACGCCUCGGCCGCCCGCCCGGGAGAGCUCCAGUCGCCGCCGCCGCCAGGGCUGUCACCUUUGGCGGCGACGGCGGAGGGCCCUGCGGCCCCGACACGCUGUACGGCAUGCAACGUACGGCGCCGCCUCCGCCGCCGUUGGCUCAAUUGCCGUACCCACCGGAUCUCUUGGCGCAUGUCGUGGGGGCCAGCGGCAGUCACGCAUACGCGCCGCCGCUGGCGUUGCAGCACGUGCCGAGUAGGUUACUGCCGGCGGCGUGGGUUGCGCAGCGUCAGGCUGCCAACGCAACAUACGGCGGUCCUGAACAAGCCCGCAUGGCGUCGGAGGCGGUCGUACGGCGGACGGCGUCGGAGGAUGGCGGCGGCGGUGAGCGGCAGCGGCGGCAUGUGUCGUCAUUACGGAAUGACCGACGACGCAUGGAAUCGCCGCUGACUCCGGUGUUUGUAGUGGACUUGGAAAGCCGGGACGUCAUCGUUACGUAUGUCCGGGGCUUGGGUCGAACCGAGGUUCACACGCAGACCGCCGUCGCCGGCGACGGCAGCGGCAGUAGUGGUACGGACAGCGACGGCGGUUCCUACAGCGACGCUGACAGUGAGGCUGACGGCUCGUCCGGGCAUGGGGGAAGCAACAGCUUGGGUAGCGUUAGUAGCAGGAACAGCAGCCGCGUCGGUCACAUCCGGGGUGGGGGUGUCCCCGAGGAGGGAAGUGGGAGUUAUGAAGGCGGCGGUGACGGCAGUGGCGUGGAUGACGGCCACGACCACGGCCAAGAGGAAGGAUUGUACGGCAGUGGUAACAGUACGGCUGUACGGAAAAAGCCAGGGAGGUUACGUAAUCUGCUGCAUGCGAUGAGUCCCUCGCAAUGGUGGCGGCGACGAGGCCGGCGGAGACCCGGUCGCGACAGCGGUGGCAGCAGCAGCAGCAAGAAGAAACGUGCCGAUGAUGGCGGGCGUGUUGGCGGCGAUGGUGGCGGCGGCGGUCUCGGAAGCCGCCGCAGUAGCAGCGGUGCUUGCUCUGACGAGGAAGAUGGCGUCAGCCGCCGUAGCGGCAGUAGUCGCAGCAGCGGCGCCAGCUACAGCGGUUGUGCUGAGGGGGUGCAGGGUCGCAGUGAGGGAGGUGAGACUGAUGCUGGAAAGGGCGGACCGAAGCGACGUGUUCAUUUCGUUGCAGCCGCAGCAGCGGGGGAGCUGCAGCAGCGGGGUUCCAUCAAAGAGAAGGAGGAGGGGAUGCGAAAGGAAGAGCGGGGAAAGAAGGACCGGAUGAGGCCCAGUGGUGCGCCUGUGGUACGAGAUGGGGCGAGCGGGAUGAGGAGCAGGAGCGGAAGCGGGAAAGAGCGCAAGAGACGCGGAGCGACGGCGGCAGCAGCAGUAGCAGCAGCGACGGCGACCCCGGCAUUGUCAAGACAGGAUGAGGAGGUCGGAGGGGGAGACGGCGCGCCGGAACAAGACAAUACUACUACUGCUGCCGCCACCGCUGCUGCUGCACCUGAUGAAGAAGAAGAAGAGGGAGGGGGAGCUGCCCAACAUGUGGCAGCUGACCAACAUGAAGUCGCGCCGCCCUCAGAUUCGGCCGCCGAGACAGCACGGCGCAGGCAGCAACAACAGCAGCAGCAGCAGGCACCAGGCAACAAGCGCAAGAAGAAGAAGAGCAAGGAGGGGCUGCCGAAGGAAGGAAAGGCAGCAGGCAUGGAGGCCGAUGUCACCGCUGCUGCUGCCGCUGCUGCUGACGGCGAUGAUGAUGAGGAGGAAGAGGUGGAGGGCGGCGCUAAAGGGCCGCGGGCGCCACCGCCACCGGCCGUCGCCACCGCCGCCGCCGCCGCCACUGCCAAAGGGGCCUUGCAGCGGGUACGGCAGGGAUACGGCAGCGCGGCCCUGGGUGCACGCAACGCAUGGCGUCGGGUUCUUCGUAAGGCCCCGCUGCCGCCGCCGCCACCGCAGCAGCAGCAGCAGCCAGUAAAGCAGCCAGGAAAGCAGCCGAAGAAUGAUAGCAAGGCUGGCAAGGGGAAAGCCAGGAGCAAGGGGAAGGAUGGGGCGGGGCGUCAAGGCAAGGCGGCAGCUGGCGGAGGCGGUAGCGGGGGAGGCGUCGGCAGGGAGGACGAGGAUGAGGAGGAUAGCGGUGGCGAUGAAGAGGAGGAGGAGGAGGUUAAGAAGGAGGAGGUGGGAGCGGCGGCGGCUGCAAAUGCUGGAGGCAGCAGCGGCAGCUUGAAGACACCUGGUGCCACCUCGGCACAUGGCAUGGCGGGUAAACUCAGGUUCUGGCGACUCGGCCGGAAGGAUAAGGAAGCUGCUGCUGCUGCAGGAAGUGGCCAGGAAGCAGCAGCAGCUGGGAAAGCAGCAGCUGAGAAAGCAGCAGUUGGGAAGGUACGGCAAGGCGAGGGCAGCCGUCAAGGUCAGGAGCAGCAGCAUGGUAGGGGGGAGGAGGACGAGGAUGUGUCAGAAGGGGACGAGGACGGUGAGGAGAAGGACGGCGGAGCAGCAGCAGCAGCAGGCGGUACGGCAACUCCCGACCCGGCGGCUCCAAAACCACCGCCCUCUGGCAAGAAGGGCUGGUGGUCUGGGGCGUUCGGGAGCAGUGGCGGGGCAGGAAUGAAGAAGAAGGAUAGGAAGGAGCCUAAGCCUGAUCCCGAAUCCAAACCGGCAGGUGCAGGAGAGGCGGAGGAAGGCGCAGCUGAUGCAGCUACGGCGGUUGCUGCCGCUGCUGCUGGGGGCGCUGAAGCGUCAGGAAGGCAGGCAGUCAAGGAAGGGAAGGCAGCCAAGGGGAGGAAAGCGGAGAAAGGUCGCCCGGCGCAGGAGCAGCAAGAUGCCUCGGGAAAGGAGGCAGACGGGGUGGAGGAGGAGCAGAAGACGAAGCAAAAGGAGGACAAGAAGAAGGCGAAGGAAAAGCGGUCGGGAGGACUGUUCGGGCGGCUGAUAGGCCGUAAAGGAAAAGACGGCAGCGCCGCAAAGGGUGUGGAGGCCGGUGGAGCUGGGUACGAGGGGAACGGACGCAGCAAGAAGGACGAGGAGGCUGCAGCAGCGGCAGCGGCCCAGGAGGCAGCUGAGCAGCAGCAGCAGCAGCAGGAGGAGGAGCCCUCCGCGUCCCCUAACGUGAGUGUCAACGGGAGGCGCCGUGGGAAGGGCAGGAAAGGGCCGCCGGUAGCCGGGCUACUGGACUCCGCAGCAGCGGUGCGUGCCUCGGCGCCUGCUGCCCUGGGUACUUUGCCGGCGGAUGAGAAGGAUGAGGAGGAUGAGGAGGAGGGGGAGGGCGGAGCAGGCGGUAUGAUGGAAACAAUACCAGAGUCCCCGGUCGCAGCAGCCGCACAUGGAGAUGGAGGAGGGGGAGGAGGGGCAGCGGGGGGGCGGGCGGCUAUGCGGGUAACGAAUACCAGUGAGAUCGAGGAGAUCGAGGAGCCGGAGGAGGAGGAGGAGGAGGAGGCUGCGGGUGUGGGUUCAGCAACAGGCGGUACGGCAGCACUGUCCGGAUCUGCUACAGCUUCUGCUACGGCCGCGGCAGCUACGUCAGAUGGCUCCAUGGGACGUAGAACCAAGGGCAAGGGCAAGAAACGUAGCAGCAGCAGCGGCGGAGGCGGAGGCGGCAAAGGAAACUCAUUGUCGGGCGGCGGCGGCGGUGCACCUGCUACUGCUACUGCUACUGCUGCUGAUGCGGGCAAUAGCAGCAACAGCAGCAGCAGCCCGCCGCCGCCUCCGCCUGCCAGCGGCCCCAAGGCCAAGCUGCUUCAGAAACUGCUGAACCUUUCCAACGUCGUGACGGCACAGAGGGCGGCUGUGGAGGCCGCUGCUGCUACUGCUUCCGUUGCUACCGCCCCCACCGCCCCUAUCUCGGGCUCCGCUGAUGACAACGCUUCCGCAGCUGCAGCUGCAGCCGCUAACAACUCAAAAGAGGCAGCUGGGGGAAGCGCUGGAGGUGGCGUGGGUGGUGGUGGUGGCAGUGACAGUGGUGAUCUGGGUUUCCGACCCGAGGUGGCUGCUGCAGCGCUGGGGGCCUUUGGGUCGAGUAAGAAGGUGCUUGGGGGCAGCGGCGGCGGCGGUGGCGGCGGUAAAGGAGGUCGGAAGGGCAAGGAAGGGGCAGCUGCAGCUGCUGCAGUGGCUACUGCUGCGGGCGGCAAUGGGGGCAGGUUUACGCAAGCAGGAGAGGCAAAGAGGGAGGAGUCUGAGCAGCAGGAGCAGCGGGAUGAGCAGCUCGGUGCUUCCAGCCGCACCUCAUCCGUGCAGAGCAAGUCCGGGAGCGGGGUCAUGGGCAGGCUGAUGGCUUCUCUGCGCCGCAACAGCCGCGUCAACAAAGCGGCCCCGACAGAGGUGCAGCAGGAGAUGGCGAGCUUUGCGGAUGUGGAGGAGCCGCGGGGUCACGGCGGCGGCUCCGGAACCGUCAGUCCGAGCCGCACGGAUCCCGGCACCCUUAUGAAUGCAAGUCUGCGAAACGGUAGUGCCGGUAGUGCCGGUAGCAGCGGUGCACACAACACCAGCAGCCUGAACAGCAGCUUGAGGGGCGGUGGUGGCGGUGGUGGUGGCGGUGGAGGGAAUGGUCUCAGUCGUCAUGCAACGGCUGCGGUUGGGCUGAGCCGUUUGUCCAGGAUACAGCAGCAAUCGGCAGUGACGGCAAUGCCGACGAAUGCGACGGGGCAGGCAGCAGCAGGAGGAGGAGGAGCAGCGGGAGGAGGAACUUCAGGGCGAGGGGGAGCGAGUGGUGGCGGUGGUGGUUCUGGACCCAUGGGUCAGUCGCCGCCGCCGACAUCAUCCGGCCGGUCGAGCGACGUUAUGAGCAGGACGCUCAACUCGACCCUCAGUGCAUCCGCCCGCAGCCGGGGGCACCAGGCUGAGGCCGAAGACCUCAUGAGCUCUAUUCGGCGGCCGGACGGAGGGGGCAGGGGGGGAGCGGGAGGCAGGGGGGGAGCAGGAGGGGGUGGGGGCAACCACGGCGGUGCGAGCAGUGAUGGGGCGGGAAGCAGCGGCUCUCCGAAGCUCCAAGACGGACCCAGGGUUGGCGGCGGAGGCGGAGGCGGCGGAGGAGGAGAGGUGGUGGAGUCGUUGGGCGGCUGGGCGGUGCAGCAGGGGGACACCGCAGCAGGUCACACCUCCCCCGCCGCCCCAGUCGCCACCUCCCCCGCCGCCAGCAGCGGCACCGCUAGCCCCCUGGCGCAGUCGCUGCUUCGCUCCACGCUGAACCGCACUGCAACCCUGGUUCGAGGCCAGGAGGUAGCAGCAGCAGCAGACGGCCGAGGCCGCAGCAACAGCAACAGCAGCAGCAACUACUACAGGGAUAUGGUCGAGGAGGAGCUGGCGGCUUUGGAGGAGUUUGGAGGCGGUGGUGGCGCUGGUGGGAGGAACGGGUCAGCGGCGGCAAUGGCGGCGCAACUUGCUGAGCUAGGACUGCCGCCUAGCAAAUGGUGAUCACAUACCCUCGGUGGAGAAGAUACCGUGAGAAUGAAGAGCAUGUGACUGUCACUGCAAUGCAUUGAGGCAGGGAGCGAUCAUUGUUGUGUAUCAAUGAAACUAGUUGUGAUCCUUUUGAAGACCUUCGGGGGUUGGUUCUGCAAGGAUGGUCCGGAUAUUCCUCUGCGUUUCCUAUGACUUAUCUACGCUGGGGUAGUCGCUGCUGCCGCGUGGCGCAUGGGUGUAUUCUUAAUGCAGCAGUAGCUGCAUGCAGCAUGAUGCAUGAUGCAUGCAUGUCCGGACUCCGGUGGCAGUCUGUUGCCAGGGUGCGCUGAAAGGCACACAUAUGACUGAAUGACCGUUACAAUGACCGUUACCUAAAAGGGAACACGGGUGAUGAACCCAAUCGGAUACUGCGGCUGUGACCGGAUACUGCUGCUGCUGGCGUGAUGACAUCCUCUUUCCUGUUUGCACAUGCACCUUUCGUUCUCUCAAGGCUCCCGAUGUCAGCAAGGCAGGAUUGUUACUAUCGGUGCCAGUGAGACCGGCGGCAGAUGCACCAUGUGCUCAUGCCUGGAUGUGGCGUGCUGAAAGGCACAGUUGCGGUUGUGACGCACGAGGUUAUGAGGUUGCGCUCUGGAGCGCUGAUGAAUGGGCGCUUGGCGGGCGCUUGGUUCAUCAGAACAAUCAGGUGUUGAAUAUGUAAUGGAAGUAUGGAACGGACCCG